AUGGAGUGCUCGUUCGGUAUCACGGGCAAGGGCUACACGAUCAUCGCAUCGGACUCGAAUGCGGCGCGCUCGAUCGUCAAGAUGAAGUCGGACGUGGACAAGCAAAAGGUGCUGAGCGACCACCUCGUCAUGACCUUUUCCGGCGAGCCGGGUGACACGCUCCAGUUCUCCGAGUACAUUGAACGCAACACCAGACUCUACAGCAUCAGGCCCAAGUCGGCGGCGGCAUGGAUUCGAAAGCAGCUCGCCGAGUCGUUACGUUCGCGCAGUCCGUACCAGGUGAACCUGCUGCUGGGCGGGUUCGAUCUGCCCACGUCCGAACCGGCGCUGUACUGGAUCGACUAUCUGGGCACCAUGGCGACGGUUCCAUUUGCAGCGCAUGGAUACGGCGCCUUCUUUGCCAUGUCGACACUCGACCGCUACCACCGCCCCGACAUGUCGCUCGAGGAGGGUCUCGACCUGCUUAGGAGGUGCAUCAACGAGCUCAAGCAGCGCUUCAUCGUCGACCUCGGCCAGUUUACCGUGCGCGUCAUCGACCGCGACGGCGCACGCACCGUGCAGCUCUAG